AUGUCGGGAAAGGGUAUUUUACAAGUUUUAAGUUUCAAUUACAUCCCUACUGUUUUGAUUGUGAUAUCACUCUAUUACUGAAAAGUUUUGGAAUUGUUUUUGUUUUCUAUUGGAUGUUUCCGUUAAAUUAUACUGCUGAAAUUUAGUUUUCUGGUUGCUAGAUAUACAGAAUUACAACAACCAUGGAGGAACCGAAAGACGAGGGCAAAAAAUCCUUGGCAGAUGCCACGAGACAAGACAUGCAGAAGGAAGCUGACGCUACCAGGUACAAAGUGGAAGAAAUUCGUCAGAAAAUAGAGAGCUUGAGAAAGCGCAAAAUCGAGAAUGAAGUGCAGGUCAUCGAAGGUCAGCCCUGCGAGGUUGUGACUGUCAGCGAAGACUCACAUUCAGAGGACAGCAGCAGUCCUGUGAAGAAGGCAAAACCUGAGGAAAAGCUGCCGAGCUUCACUCCAAUGGUGCAUGCAACGUUCAAGCCGCUCAUUGAACAGACUCAUUUAGAGCAACACAAGAAAAAUGUUGAGGUUGUCAGCUUGGACGACGAGAACAGUGAACCGGUGGCAAAUGUAAUUAAUGAAACACCAGAGGAGCCGAUGGUAGAAGCGCCAGUGGUAGCAGAGCCCGCCGAGAGAAGAAAUGGUGCUCUCGGACGGCCUUUAGUGAAAAUCACUUUUUACGAUAGAGUUCUGGCCAAUGAAUAUGCAGCAUUGAUAAAGGACGCUGUUGCUCAAACUCUGUCCAUUCCAAGCUCUGCCAAAUCUGGAAAUAAAUCCGGGUCGGUGCAAUUGGAGUAUGUUAUUCGCGAGUCGGACCUGAACGAUGAAAACACCCAGCUGGAGGGGCAAACGUUCACCCUGGACACGGAACCUGUAACCGCUGCUUUGAAGUGGAAGGUGCCGUCGUACUCGCAGUCUUUUAAAACGAUCGAUGGUCAAGAGGGUGACAAGCAGGAGGAGGAACCUGAAAAAAGGUCAGGAGGAGCAUGUUUCAACUGCAGUGGAAGUCACAUGAUAUCUGACUGUCCAAAACCGAUAGAUCAAAAAGUUGUAAAUGAAAACCGGGCCAAAUUUAGAUCGUCAGGCAAUCAAUUGAUGAGAACUAGUCGUUACCACGCUGACGAAGAACAAAAGUACUCCAAUCACCGUCCAGGACAAAUAAGUAACGAGCUGCGGCAGGCACUGGGCUUGCGGCCGGAACAAUUGCCGCUGCACACGUACUGCAUGAGGCUUUACGGCUACCCUCCAGGCUGGCUUGAGGAGGCGCGAGUCAAGCACUCGGGCAUAUCCUUGAUAGAGGACGUGCAAUCAACCAACGGCUCUGCUGAGAGUGAUCAAAUCGAAGAGAUAGAUCCCAGCAAAAUCGUCGAGUUUCCCGGUUUCAAUGUUCCGUUCAAGCUUGGAACAAUGGAUGAAAGCUACGAGAUGGGAUUGCCACAAAUGCAUUGGGAUUUCAGCAAGGAGGCCAUGUUGCAGUUCAUCAAAUCCCAAAAAACGCUGCCGACCAUAGCUCCAAACGACGUGGUGGAAAUUGAUGAUGAUGAUGAUGAUGAUGAAUGCGUAAUUUUAGAGAGCAACAAUCCAGAAACCGAAUCGCCGGUGUCGCCUCCAGGUGUAAAUUCGAGCGAAUCUCUGCCAGCGAUCUCAGAGAAAGAUACAACUCAAAACCCCAGCUCACCUGACAUAGAACUGCUGGAGGCGAGCAAACAGCAGAUAUUGGAGGAACUUGGAGAGGACAACGACGCUUCUCCCAAGUCACCUGAGAAAGCUGGAACUGAAAACUUGGUUUGCGCCACUCCUGAGACAUCACUGGGCAGGAGCAUGUCAUCGGCUCUAGGCACGCCAAUCGUAGACAGUUCGACUCCUUACGAGAAACUGCCAACGGCUGAGAAAUUUUCUCAGGGCGUGAGUGAGCACCUGAACUUUGAGAACCUUCCUGGUGCAACUGGACAGUACGAAAAAAUGAAGGGGAUCAUAAAGAGGGUGCAAAAAAGCAUUCAGGAAUCAUCAAAAUAAAAUUAAUGAUUUAGUUGAAUGUAUUUAAAAAUUUAUUUUUCCAUCGUGACGUACAAGUUAUGAAGCAUAGCCUGAAUUAAAUAAAAUUCUUGAACGUGUCUUCUAUAA